CUGGAGGAAGCCGCAGACCUCAGCUGUACAAGCGCAGCCUGGACUAGGGGAACUUUCCCUGGAACUCGGGAAGAUCAGCCUCCCGGAGUCGACCUGUCUGCAGGGCGGAGCGCGGGGCAAGCGCGGGUGGCAGGGAGUCGGUGCACAGGGGACUCAGGUCAAGGCUGGACGGCGGCGGGUCCUGCGAGCCUCAGAAAUCAGUGCCGGUGCACGCUCCCGCCGUCCCGGGGCAGCCGCAUCCCCGGCGCCGCUGGCAGCAUCGCCGCCUCCCGCCGGCUACGGAACAUGGCUGCGCGCCUCGCCACCGUCGCCUGCGCGCUGUUGCUGCUGUCCUCCGCCCUGCUCCGCCGCGGCUGCCGGGCGCGCUUCACCGCCGAGCCCGACGCGGAUGAGGACGGAGAGGAAACAGUGGCGUUUCCCGAGUCGCCCCCGCAGAAACCCACGGUGUUCGUGGUCGUCCUCGCCCGCAACGCUGCGCAUACGCUACCUCACUUCCUCGGCUGCCUGGAACGGCUGGACUACCCCAAGAGCAGGAUGGCUAUCUGGGCAGCCACUGAUCACAAUGUGGACAAUACAACGGAAAUACUCAGGGAGUGGCUGAAAAGUGUGCAGCGUCUAUAUCAUUAUGUGGAGUGGAGGCCUAUGCACGAGCCAGAGUCUUACCCUGAUGAAAUCGGACCAAAGCACUGGCCAAACUCCCGGUUUUCUCACGUCAUGAAACUGCGACAAGCAGCCCUUCGAACUGCGAGGGAAAAAUGGUCAGAUUACAUCCUGUUCAUAGAUGUCGACAACUUCCUGACUAAUCCACAGACCCUGAACCUAAUGAUUGUAGAAAACAAGACCAUCGUGGCGCCCAUGCUGGAGUCCCGGGGUCUAUACUCUAACUUCUGGUGUGGAAUCACGCCUCAGGGCUUCUACAAGCGGACCCCCGACUACCUUCAGAUUAGAGAAUGGAAGAGGAUGGGCUGCUUCCCUGUCCCCAUGGUCCACUCCACCUUCCUGAUUGACCUCAGGAAAGAGGCCUCUGACAAGCUGGCUUUCUACCCCCCACACCAGGACUACACCUGGACCUUUGAUGACAUCAUCGUUUUUGCCUUCUCCAGCAGGCAAGCAGGCAUCCAGAUGUACCUGUGCAACAAGGAACACUAUGGCUACCUGCCCAUCCCUCUGAAGCCCCACCAGACACUGCAGGAGGACGUCGAGAACCUCAUCCAUGUACAGAUAGAAGCAAUGAUUGACCAUCCUCCAAUGGAGCCUUCCCAGUUUGUGUCAGUUGUCCCUAAGUAUCCAGACAAGAUGGGAUUUGAUGAGAUUUUCAUGAUCAACCUCAAACGCAGGAAGGACAGGCGGGACAGGAUGCUGCGCACGCUCUACGAACAGGAGAUCGAGGUCAAGAUUGUCGAGGCCGUGGAUGGGAAGGCACUCAACACAAGCCAGCUGAAAGCCUGGAACAUUGAGAUGCUACCAGGUUACCGGGACCCCUACUCAUCCAGGCCUUUAACCAGGGGUGAAAUUGGUUGCUUCCUUAGUCACUUCUCUGUCUGGAAAGAGGUUAUUGACCGAGAGCUGGAGAAGACUCUGGUCAUCGAGGAUGAUGUGCGCUUUGAGCAUCAGUUUAAGAGGAAGCUGAUGAAGCUGAUGGAGGACAUUGACAAGGCUCAGCUGGACUGGGAACUGAUUUACAUCGGUCGAAAAAGAAUGCAAGUCAAAGAGCCAGAGAAGGCGGUGCCCAAUGUUGUAAAUCUCGUCGAAGCUGAUUAUUCCUACUGGACCCUGGGCUACGCCAUCUCCCUGGAAGGAGCACAGAAGCUUGUCGGAGCCGAUCCCUUUGGGAAGAUGUUGCCAGUGGAUGAGUUUUUGCCAAUCAUGUACAACAAACAUCCUGUGGCUGAGUACAAGGAGUAUUAUGAGUCCAGGGACUUGAAAGCCUUCUCCGCAGAGCCUCUGCUCAUCUACCCUACGCACUACACAGGCCAGCCAGGCUAUCUGAGCGACACAGAAACGUCAACCAUCUGGGACAAUGAGACAGUGGCCACUGACUGGGACAGGACACACUCCUGGAAAUCCCGGAAGCAAGGACACAUCCGCAGUACCGCCAAGAACACAGAAGCACUUCCACCACCAACUUCCCUGGACACUGUGCCUUCAAGAGACGAACUCUGAAAGCUUCCUGGGUGUGUGGUCUGCACGGUUCAUCACUGUCUGGAUUUUCUAAAGGGCUACUCAUCUGUUUGCUCCAGUUUGGGGUUUUGUUUUGUAGAGAUGGCAGUCAUCUAAUCAAGUGGUUUGAUGUGAUUCAUCAAAAUUAUAUAAUCUGUAUAGUGAAGAACAGAGAAAUUAAAAACCAAAUUCCCUAGGAAGCCAUUACUGGAAUGGCUAGGUUAAACUUCAGUCCAAAUGCCCAGUUCUGCUCACUAGCCAGAGAAUGCGGUUAGCCACACUGGUGUGGCAACAUGGCUCACAUUCUCAUCCAAGAAAUGGCACCCCAAGCUGUCACAUCAGUAAGUGAGCAGUCAACACAGACAAGCCAGUGGACCUUGUUUACUAAUCUAAGUGGUCCAUUUUAUGUGGCAGAUGUGACCCUGAAAUCAUCAAGCCAUCUAGACUACAUUUAUUCAUCUAAUUGAUGUGACCUUGAAAACAGUACUAUGUAACAAGUGUCUGGGAAUGGGGAAACCAAACCGUUAACUGGGCUUUUAUUCAAAGGAGCUCCGUCAUGAGUUUGUUGCAAAGCGGAUGUUUUCCUCUUGGCUUUAUUAUCCCAUGGAGUGAGAGCUGGAGCGAUGGCUCAGUGGUUAUUAUCCAAUGGAGUACGUAACUGGCUUGGGUAGCGACAUGGGCUCUUGACCAUCGUGGCAGCUAGAGCGUUCAUCAAAAUGUCUAGGUGCCAUGUGGCUAUAAUAUUUAGAUAUUUAUGGGGGAAAGAUCUAAACCCUUGGCAUUUGUAUUGUGGCUUAAGUCCAAUAUGUCUAUUUAUAAAAAACUGUAAUAUAUACAGGUUGUGAGGGAUGGGGUGGCCCAGAUCCUCACUCCUUAUAUGUCACCCCUUCGCCUGGGGAGGAACUGCAGGUAUGAGUUGUUUAAUAAGUCACUGUUGAUGAGUGUAAUAAGUCACUGUUGAUGAGUUUAAUAAGUCACUGUUGAGGGGCAGAAUACAUUUCAGCCUCACAAUUGUCCUCGUUUUAGAUUUUCAUUAUAUUCUGAAUUAUUUAUUUUACCAAAGUGGAAAAACCAUCGUCUGUAGGGUGAAGCAGAGGAACAGAUGCCUCAGACUCUCACUGCAUACUGGGCAAUAUCAGUGUUGACACGUGAGUCUGAGCAUCUGAAUUGCCUGAAUUUCCCAGCUUGGCUUUUGCAGGGAAGACCGCUGGUGAGAAGCUAACCAGUUAGGAGUAACUUAUUCUCCAGUGGAUAUAUAAGACACUGGUCUAGACAAUAGAUUUAAGUCAGCGAUCCACAGCUCUCAGAGCGAAAAAUCCUAAGUAGACACCUUUCUCCAAAAAAAGUCCCCUAAAACUUUUCCCUAAUUCUUCAUAGGCUAAUUUAAUGUCAGGUGCAAUGCUGGACUGUGUCACACACAGUGUCAGGAUUCCCAGCCAGCUGCCAAGAGUGUCUUGUGGUGCUUCACCUCAGCCACCCUUCCUUCCUGGGUGUGAUUCAGGCUUCUUGACUGAAGCUGAGAAACCAGGCUUAUCCAGCCCCAGCUUGCGGCUUCUCAUCUAGGGAAAAAGAGAAGAGCAUUCGGGAGCUCAUGAGGAACUCGAAGUGACUCCUAAGGUCUCCUUGGGUAUUUGGUAUCUUGUUUGUGAUUUGAAUGUGUGCAGGAAUGCCAGGCUUUAACUGUGUAUUUUAUAGGAGAGGGAGGUGGCUGGGGCACUGGAAGUGAAGGGAGACUGAGUUAUGUUUUGUGUUGUUGCUGUUUUUAUUGUUUUCGUUUCUGUUGCUGUCUUAAUGGGGAACUUUCUCCUGUUUGCCCUGUCAGCUGGUCUGACGGAUUUAAGAAUUUUCAUUCUUAAAAGACAUUGGAUUUCAAAGUUUGAAUUUUAGAUUAGGACCUUUUCUAACUGUGAAUAAAGUUCUGGUUCUGUUA